UUGUUUAAUCUACUCACUAAAGGCGAUGAGUCGAGUUGGACAGCCGACGGAUUUUCCUCGGCCCCGAACAAACUGACAAAUAACCACACGUCCACACCAUGUCGCAAGCCCCCGUGUUCCUCACGAUUGACUCGUUCAUCCGAAUCUAAACGAUCAAAUAAUCUGGCAAAAUUUGAAAGAAUGGAGAAGAGAAUUUUUAAUGUCGUGGAUGACCUAGCUUGUGCGGUAGUGCAGAAUGUUAAUGAUGUAGCCGAGAGGGAUUGUCUAAAGAGCAGCUCUUUUUCUCCGCAAAGAACGCCUCGAUCAAAUUGUCAAAUUGAGACAUCUUCCGAUGUCUCAACCACACCUUGGACAACCCAUAUUAGCGGGGACCUUGACUAUACCGUUCCUGAAAUGGCAAUGCCCAGUGCUGACGAGACUAUUUCAAUGGCCCGAGGCGCACUGGCCAGCCGAACGAUCAACAGGGACUCCGAUCGGCUGACAAUGGUCUCCCCAGUUGUCCUUGAGUCAGGCAUGCUUCCAGAUCACCAGGACGAGGUGGAACGACAAUUGAUUGACCUCAUACUUGACCCCUCAUAUCGGCGAAUUGGGAUGAAUUCCAGUGGCACUAAAAGGGAUGCUUUUACGGGGAAAGAACCAAUUCCAUUUGAAGCUCGCGUGUCAAGAGGUCAGAUUAUGAUUUAG